AUGUCGGCGCUGAUUCUCCUUUCCACCUUCUGCUUUCUCCUGCCCUCUCUCAGUGCCUAUCCCUCACCCCCAACAACACCAUGGCGUCGGCAGGUCGACAACACGAUCCUUUCAUUCAACUACUGCCCUGCGGCUCCUUGGCCCACGCGCGAAGGCUACACCAUUACCUCACGACUUCCCGAUUCAGACCUUCAAGCAGCCCUGGCCGAGAUUUCUGCUUCAAACAUCAAAUCCUACAUCUCAGACCUAGUCUCCUUUGGCACCCGCCAUACCCUUUCUACCCAGAACAGUAGCACCACCUAUGGCAUCGGCGCCGCCCGUGAUUAUAUCACCGAUAAGAUGCGCACCUUUGCCUUCGCUUCCAGCGGACGCAUGACCGUCACCGUCCCUUCAUACACCCAACCCGCGGAUGGCGACCGCGUUCUCUUCCCUGUCCGCAUCGCCGACAUAGUCGCAACACUCCGGGGUUCAGAAACUCCCGACCGCUAUUAUGUGAUCUCAGGCCACUACGACACUCGCUGCACCGAUCCAAAUGACUACAACUGUCUCUCCCCAGGCGCCGAUGACGACGCUUCCGGUGUCGCUGUCUCCAUGGAGCUAGCCCGCAUAAUGGCCACGCGCAAUCCAAGAAGCACCCUCGUCUUCGCCGCUGUGGCAGGUGAAGAGCAAAACCUCUACGGCUCCAAUUUUCUCGCCCAAACCUACAAAAACGCCAGCGUCAAUGUUGCAGGCAUGUUCACAAACGACAUCAUUGGCUCCUCUACCGGCCCGGACGGCACAGAAGAACCCCACACCAUUCGCCUCUUCGCCCAAGGCCUGCCACCCGCCGGCGUCGAAAGCGCCGCCCGCGCCGCCUCGCGCCUCAUCGUCGGCGGUGAGAACGACAGUCCCGCCCGCGAACUGGGGCGCUUCAUUGUCGAAACCGCUCAAAACGCCUACACGGGUAUGAAAAACAUAGCACUUAUCUACCGUCUAGACCGCUACCUGCGUGGGGGCGAUCACCUCCCCUUCCUCCGUGCCGGAUACCUCAGCUCCGUUCGCUUCACCGAGCCGAUCGAGGAUUACAGACACCAGCAUCAGAACGUCAGAAUUGACAACGUGACGGGCGAGCAAUACGGCGAUCUAGAGGAAUUCCUCGACUAUGACUUCAUCGCUAGAGUGGGACGCGUCAAUCUCGCUGCCAUGUGGUCGCUCAGUGAAGCGCCCGCCGCACCCGCCAACGUCAGCAUUGACGCCACCGCCCUGACAAACAACAGCACCUUCACCUGGCUGCCGGGUAACGAGACGGGAGUUGCCGGAUAUGAAGUCGUGUGGAGGCCCAGCGUCAGUCCGUAUUGGACUCAUGCCAUUCCGGUAGGGUUGGUGCAGAGGGCGACAGUACAGGUGAGUAAGGAUGAUGUCGUGUUUGGCGUGAGAGCUGUGGGGACGAAUGGGUAUAAGAGUCCCGCGGUCUUUGCGGGAUUCCCUGGAUAG